AUGGCUAGUUUUUCGUUAUCAGGUAGUACAGGUAAACAAGUAUUUAUUUCUCUUCGUGGUCUUUCCCACGAAGUAUGUGUAGCAGCUACACAAGCAGAAUAUUGGCAACAGUUAAUAAAAAAUUCAAGUAUUACAAUUACAUGUAAUGGUAAUUAUGUACCAGUAGAAUUAGAAGCAUAUUGUAAUGAUGAAGAUGAACCAAGACUUCAUCUAAUAAUUCAAUCACAACAUGAACAGGAUAAUAAAGCAUUUGAUAUUAUUUGUACACGAAUACAUUAUGAUUUAUUAUCAUUCGAAAAUAAUGAUCGACCGAUUUAUGAUUUUGUUAAACAUCAAGUGAUAGUUUUUGGUUCUUUAUUUAAUUCACUUCCUAGUGAUAUAUUUGAUACUGAACGAUAUUUAUUAGGUCAACGAAAUUGUAAUGUUAAAAAAAUAAGAAAUUCAUUAACUUGUUCAAUUUCGGUUGAUCAACUGACGACACAUAGAUAUCGUUUUACGAUUUUUCAUGAAAAACAAACUAUUAUGGAUCUUGCAGCUAUUGAAAUUCAAGCACUUGUAAAACAAACACAAAAUCAUUAUAUAAUGGGAUAUGCUACGAAAAUUGGACGAACUUUAAUAGGUCCUAUCGAACAAAUGGAAACUGCUAUUGUAUCAACAAAUAUCGAAACACUUCCAUCAUUUACACCAUUUCAACCUAUUGUUAAACGAAAGCGUACUGAAGAUGAACAACAACAAUCAGCAACAACAAGUGGUCAACCAAUCAUUGAUUCUGAUCAAAGUGAUGAUGAAACAAUACCUGACGAAAGACGGUAUAAUACUGAAGGUUUUGUUUCAAAUUCUACUUUACAUAAUUCUCCAACAUGGGUUGAUCCUGAUUGUAUUUCAUCUCAUCUAUCAUCCCUGUUAGAUGGUGUUUUUCUUGUUAAGUCAUAA